AUGAGUCGUCAAAUCAUCUCCGACGGCUGUCACCCGGCGGAGCAAAAAAACGGCGACUUUGUGACUCUCCGGCGACUGUCACCCGACAGAGAGGAGCUGAAUGGAGGUGGGGCGCAUGUCAGGGAGCUUCAUCCUCAAGUCCGCGCUGCAAGAGGAGGCUUUUCAUCACAUCUAGUAUGCUCUCAAGAGGUGGCGACUUGUCUCCCGGCGGAUCGUCUUCUUCCCGACGACGGCUUGUUCGUCGAUCAAUCAGAGAUGCUUUACUCAAUGGAUUCACGAUCCUUGUAUCGCAAAUUGACGUGACUUAGUCAUUGUAUAUUAAAUCACGCAAAUCUAAAAUUUAUAAAACUAGAAAAUAUGAUUUUUCAGAUAUUUAGAAGUAUUUCUGAACAAAUAUAUCAAUUAUAAUUCAAUAAAACUUCCAAAAAUAGUAGUAAUUUUCCAAGUCGAUCAUAGGGAUAUAAUAUAAUAUUUGGUAAUUAUUUAGAUUUGUUUCUCAAUGAAUACGAUUUUCUAUGAAUUUUAUACUAGGAAAUGAAAAGGAAAUAUAUUUAAAAUUCACAAAAAAAGGAAAUAAGGGUGCAGAUGUCAAGAUGACGUCAGCGCCCGGCGAAUGCGAAUCGGGCGGAAAUAGAGUUUUGCCCAGCGAUUCUUACAUAAGCGAUUACAGACGAUUUAAUUGAUCAAAUUAAGAUUUGUAAAAGCCGAAAGAAUUGUAAUUGAACGAAGUAUAUUUUGGUAAAUUAAAAUCACACAAAGUAUUACUAAAUGAAGUGUAAAUUAAGUUUGAAAGCAGGAAAAUAGAGUUCCAACAUCGCGGCGGCGAUGCGUCGACGAUGCACUCGAAUCCUAAGUGUUCGGGAGGAUCGUCGUGUAGUGUCCACGGCCUCAAAGGCUCUCCUUGGACAAAGACGAUGUGGGCAAUCUCUAGAUCUCCUUGCGAAGUCUAGAGAUUAAUGAAAUGGGUCAUCGACUCGUCUCCAGUGGCUGUCACCCGGCAGAGUGGAAAAACGGCGACUUUGCGGCUCUCCGGCGGCUGUCACUCGACGAAGAGGAGCUGGAUGGAGGUGGGGCGCGUGUCAGGGAGCUUCAUCUUCAAGUCCGCGCAGCAAGAGGAGGCUCUUCAUCACAUCUAG